UCUGAACACUGAUAGGUUGAUAAUAAAAUGGAGAAUAAUUUAUUGACAGCUAGCAUCAUGUCAAAGCCAAAGAGAUAACGUUGUCGAGAGUGGCACGUACAAUGACGUAAAACUGUUUAUGUAUGAUGUUGGGCAUUUCUGAUUAUUGUUUGUCGCAUUUGAAAUGUUGUUUGUUUGUGACAAUCCGUCUAUCUCACACACGUCUAACGGUAAGCACCUAUCCACAAACACCGCCUGCAUGAUUUAAUUUGUUGUAACAAAAAGCAAACAACAAUCGGACAAGAGCUUGCAAACGCUUUUAAAAAUAUAAGCGCCGGAUUACCUUAAUUAAGCGUCGCGUCCUUUAUAUCCUGUACUCAGACGCAAUCAACCGAACUCGAUGCAAUACUAAGGUGUGAAUAUCCUUUCAAAUUAAACGCUUUUCCAUUAUAAAACAAAACGGAAUGCGGUGAAACUUCUUUAAAUAAGAAGACUAAGUCGUUAGCAUAGGGUCACGCAGCAGGGUGUAAUACAUCCGUUUCAAUCCAUCAAAAGGGUGUUAACAUUAUAAUCGUUACGAAACUCAUUCCCACAUAAGAAGCGAUUACAGCAACAUUAAAAACAUAGGAAAACAACCAUAUGCACUUACUUUUGUUGUACUUAAUCAACAUUAAAUUGAUAAAGAAACGGGUGUGAGUGAAACGAAUUUAAACAUUACAUUUUUAUUUUAUUUUAAUACUACGUACUUUUUCUGUUAUUGAUUACGUCACGACUCUUCUACUAGCAUUACAGUGUACAUUGAAUUGAUAAAGCAAGGUGUGUCAGUGAAACGAUUUGGAAUGUAAAUUCCUUGGAUUAGUUUUUACCUUUUAAUGCUACGUGCAUAUUGUCGGUUAUGGAUCACGUACAGACAUUUCUACUGGUACUACAUUGUAUUGCGGUUGUUGUGUUCGGAGCCAGUACAGGAGCCCGCCAGUCUGCCUGUGUCGACAUGUACCCGCAACACGGCAGCACGUCCCAGACCGGACCACCUCCAGGCGCCAUCAAGCUGUCAGCAGACACAUUCAGCUGUUCAACAAACAUAUCAGUGAUAUUGCAGUGGUUCGCAGAGCAGGGCUUCAAGGGUUUCCUAUGUCAGGCCCGACUUGACCCAAAGGUCUUCGCGACGGUUGGACGCCUGAGUGCCCGGGGAGCCGUCCUUUUGACCAACAAAUGUGGUCAGGAGGCUUCACUUACCCAGAGAAAUGCCGAUUUGAAGAAAUCCGUGGAGUUUGUUUGGACUGCACCUAGCUUCAUAGCAGAUCACAACACAUCCAUCUUCAUAGUAUGUACAGUCGUUCAAGAUAUGCACACAUUUUGGUUAAAUGUAACGUCUGCACGGAUACAGUACUCCGGGAGCUGUCAGGAUGGAACAUCAGACCCCUCAGUAGCCACACCGACUGCACUAACUUCCGGUACCUCAGUAGCCACACCGACGGCACUAACUUCCGGUACCACAGUAGCCACACCGACUGCACUAACUUCCGGUACAUCAGUAGCCACACCGACUGCUCUUACUUCCGGAACCUCAGUAGCCACAACGACAGCACUAACUUCCGGUACCUCAGUAGCCACAACGACAGCACUAACUUCCGGUACCUCAGUAGCCACAAGGACUGCACUAACUUCCGGUACCUCAGUAGCCACAACGACUGCACUAACUUCCGGUACCUCAGUAGCCUCACCGACUGCACUAACUUCCGGUACCUCAGUAGCCACAACGACAGCACUAACUUCCGGUACCUCAGUAGCCACAACGACUGCACUAACUUCCAGUACCUCAGUAGCCACAACAACUGCACAAACUUCCGGUACCUCAGUAGCCACACCGACUUCACUAACUUCCGGUACCUCUGUGAACAGCAGCAGCUUAAGCAGCACCCGGUGUCCAGGCAACCUGGAAGAAUGUAAUAUCACGCCGGGGGUCGUGUUUAGCGGUGCGGCGGUUGGGAUCGCAUGCGUCGCAUAUUAUACAUGUAUCAUUAACGUGUUGAUACUCUUUUAUCAAAGAUAGUAUUAUACAGCACGCUUCAUAUUAACCGAUAAUUUGCUUCUAUAUUAUAUAUUGAAUAUACAGUUUGAAUAUAAAAUUGUUAAAUUAUUUAAACUAUAUUUUGUUAAGUGUGUGAAUGAUUAUUUUUAUUUUGUUUGACGCUAUAAUAAAAUGUUUUAUACUGCUGU